AGGUACUCGACCUUGCACCUAGACCGAUUCGAACUCCAUGACAGCAUUUGCGACGAGCGAGGCCUGUAGUAGCCAUUUCCAUACCCAACGGCUUGGGUAGGUCCUCAGACUGCCGUUCGUUGCUCCGUCUUCCUCAUUGCUGCUGUCCCUCCCGACCCAGCGACUCUCUUUGGUUUCGUAUGGCAUCUCCGCAUUAACCCGGAACACACCCUCAUACUCGUAUGUUUGACGCCAGACUCUACACUUCGUGCAUUCGGGCAGCAUGGCACCGCAUUCCACGAGCUCACAGCCACCCUCCGGCGAUGCCGAACCACAACCAACCUCCACCACCUCCCCCUCCGAAAUCACCGUCCUCGCCUCCUCCCGCGCAGUCAUCAACAGCAAAGUCACCCCCGCAACCAUCGUCCUCUCCACCCGCACCGGCAAAAUCACCUCCAUCACCCCCUCAGUCCUCCCGCCAUCCUCCUUCCCCGCGGGAACAACAUACAAAGACCACACCCCACACAUCCUCCUCCCGGGCCUGGUCGACGCGCACGUCCACCUCAACGAGCCCGGGCGAACGGAAUGGGAGGGCUUCUGGCACGGCACGCGCGCGGCGGCGUUCGGAGGCGUGACGACGGUGAUCGAUAUGCCUUUGAACGCCAUCCCGCCUACGACCACGGUAGCGGGGAUGAAAGAGAAGGUGGCAGCUGCGAGGGGCCAGUGUUGGGUGGAUGUGGGGUUUUAUGGAGGCAUCAUUCCCGGAAACGUCGGGGAGUUGAAGCCGUUGAUUCAAGAGGGGGUGAGGGGAUUCAAGGGGUUUCUGAUUGACAGUGGGGUGGAGGAGUUUCCGGCCAUUUCGCCGGAGGACAUGAGGAAGGUGUUUGUGGAGUUGGCCGAUGAGCCGACGACGGUCAUGUUUCAUGCGGAGAUGCUGCCGCCAGUUGCUGCUGCAGGGGGAGAAGCCGCACCCUCUGGACCUCCGGAACUAUACCAGACGUUUCUGGAUUCGCGCCCAGCGACUUUCGAGACUUGCGCAAUCUCGGAGAUCAUCAACAACGCACACCUGGCGCCGAACCUCCCACUACAUAUUGUGCAUCUAUCUGCGAUAGAGGCGAUCCCGUUACUUCGGAAAGCGCAGCAAGCUGGUAUCAAAAUCACGGCGGAAACGUGCUUCCACUAUCUCAGCCUGGCGGCCGAACGGGUACAAGCGGGAGACACACGACACAAGUGCUGCCCACCGAUACGAAGCCAGUCAAACCAGGAUGGACUAUGGCACGAGCUGCUGGAGGCAGGCGGGGUGAUAUCGACGGUGGUAUCGGAUCACUCGCCCUGCACCCCGGACCUCAAGCUGCUCGCUUCCCACAUCCCACCUGCCAGCCGCGAUGCAAAAGCAAGCGGGCGUACGGCAUCGAACCAAGGCGAUUUCAUGUCGGCAUGGGGCGGGGUGUCUUCGGUUGGGUUGGGUCUCAGCAUCCUCUGGACAGAAGCAAGUCGGCGUCAGCUUGAUCAGAACCAGACGAUACUGGACAUUGUGAACUGGUGCUGCAUCAACACCGCCAAGCAGGUUGGACUAGAAGCAAGAAAGGGAGACUUGAGAGUGGGCAUGGACGGCGAUAUUGCGGUUUUUGACGACGAGGCGGAGUUUGAAGUGGGGCCUCGAACGAUGUUGUUCAGGAACAAGUGCUCGCCAUACGAAGGCAAGGUGUUGAAGGGAGUGGUGCAGGAGACGUGGGUGAGGGGGAAGAAGGCGCAUAGCAGAGCGGAUGGGUUUGGGGAGAGGAUGGGGCCGAUGGGGGAGUUGAUACUGGAGAGAAGGGAGAAGAAGGCAAUCAGGUAGUGGCGUAGAGUGAGUGAGUGAAUGAAUGACAGAUAUGAUGAUUCGUGAC